AUGCGGCCGGAUCCCCGACAGUACCGGAACGCCACCCAGGGAUCCCCGACAGUACCGGAACGCCACCCAGGGAUCCCCGACAGUACCGGAACGCCACCCAGGGAUCCCCGACAGUACCGGAACGCCACCCCGGGAGCCCCGACAGUACCGGAACGCCACCCAGGGAUCCCCGACAGUACCGGAACGCCACCCAGGGAUCCCCGACAGUACCGGAACGCCACCCAGGGAUCCCCGACAGUACCGGAACGCCACCCAGGGAUCUCCGACAGUACCGGAACGCCACCCAGGGAUCCCCGACAGUACCGGAACGCCACCCAGGGAUCUCCGACAGUACCGGAACGCCACCCACGGAUCUCCGACAGUACCGGAACGCCACCCAGGGAGCCCCGACAGUACCGGAACGCCACCCAGGGAGCCCCGACAGUACCGGAACGCCACCCAGGGAUCCCCGACAGUACCGGAACGCCACCCAGGGAGCCCCGACAGUACCGGAACGCCACCCAGGGAUCCCCGACAGUACCGGAACGCCACCCAGGGAUCCCCGACAGUACCGGAACGCCACCCCGGGAGCCCCGACAGUACCGGAACGCCACCCCGGAAAACACUCACAGAACCGUGAACAACGUGAAAGGAGUUGAAGGAGGGGGAAUCCCCCUUGAGGAGGGGCGACAGACCCCCUUCUUCAACACCAACCUCAAAUCACGGCCACCGUGGCCACCUUCACCAGACUCAACAUCUUUGACUCGCCCUCACAGGGGGCCCACCGGCGGGUACCAGCGAGGGAGCAACCUCACCCCCCAUCCCUGCUCCGCUACAUCCACAGCCACUACAUCCCUGCUCAUCCUCAAUCUGCUCCACAGUUUCCUCACAAUCAGUGAACCACAUCCAGGCAGCUUUCCUCCUCUGCUCCGGCACCAGCACAGACAGACGCGACGCUUCCACAAUGCGAGGAGGGGGGACGCUAACCCUCCGUUGGAGAGGCAGCCGGAGACGCCUCCCGAGACGCGGGGAAACCCCUCACCCCUAGAGGCCCCCCAGGUGGACCAACCUCACCAGACCCGCUCACCAAAGCAGAAGGGGACACCUUCAGGGGCGCCUCCUCCACCAUCAUAA